AUCGAUUUAAUAAGUAAACAAUCUAGCUCAGUAUCGCCCACACUGACCCAGCCCCACAUGGAUACACAAGGGAUUGAACCUGAGACCUUUUUGCAUGCUAAACAUGUGCUCUGUUCCAGACCUAUGGCCCGUCUUCAGUUUCUGGCACCUUAAAGACUAACGAAUUCAUUGUGGCGUACCACAGCCGGUUCCAUCAAAUGCGUGAAAUGUAAUCUAAAACAGCCCGCAGGCUUGAAGGCGCCAAUCAGCCUCUUCGCGGCUCUUGUGGCUCGCCAUUUCAGGACCAGAGACCCCUGGACAGCGCCUCCAGUUCCGGGCAGAAGCAACGACUCAGGCAAGGCAAGGCUGCGCUCCGGCACUUAGAGAUGGAGGCGCUGCAGUCAUGCAGCGCGCAGAAAGAGGCGCUGUUUUCGUGACGGGGCUGCUCAGAUCCUAGGCAGUCAAAGGUGACUUCGUGGCAGGCCGAUCGUAACCUUGCAGCGGAAGAAAGGACAGAGCCACAAGCCCGUUGUGAGCCUCCGGAGAAGGGGGUGGGUGGGGAGUGAGCAUGGGGGCUGCAGGCUCGCCGCUCAGAUUUCCGAGCCCUCGAGGAGAGGCUGGUUCCUUCCACGGUGUCACGACAUCCUAGCUCUCCGCCCGCGGAAAGGAGCUGGCCAGGGUCCCCGAACUAACGUGGCGUCUCCGGGGAAGGAGCAGAGAGCCAGAAGGAUCACCCUGAGCGACAGGAAUAAAGCAAUGUUGCACGGUUCUAUCGCUUGAGUCAUGCGCCAGAAUGUAUGGCUUCAUCAAUACAUGCCUGAAGUCGUUGGUGGUUGAAAAAUAUGGUGAAGAAGUAUGGGAGAAAUUAAGAGUCCAAACUGGAGUACAGGAUACCUUUUUGACUUUCGAAGUUUACAGAGAUGAAAUCACAAUGCAGCUGAUUGAUAAGGCAUGCAAAAUGCUAGAUGUUCCCCCCGAUAUGGUCCUGAAGCAGUUUGGAGAAUAUUUCUUUGAAUUCUGCAAGCGGUCAGGUUAUGACCAUAUGCUGCGGACUCUGGGAGGGAACCUCUAUGAAUUUAUAGAGAAUCUGGAUGCAUUGCACAGCUACCUAAGUCUGUCUUACCAGGAAAUGAACGCUCCUUCAUUUAGGGUGGAAAAGAAUGAAGAUGGGUCGAUGCAUUUGCAUUAUUACUCAGACAGGCGAGGCUUGUGCCAUAUUGUUCCAGGAAUCAUUGGUGCAGCAGCUUUGGAUUUUUUCAACAUUGAAAUUUCCAUGGAAAUAGUCAAUCAGUCAGAAGAAGAAGAAAGAACAGGGAAAAAGGAACACAUUGUAUUUCUUGUGACACAAAAACCUGUAUUUUCAUACAGAAGGCGAAAUAAGUUCUCUUCCUCUUCGCCAUUCCAUUCACGUUCCGGAACACUGGUGGAAAAACAGCUGAAUAAAGAGGAUACUGAAAGAGCCACAAACAAGAACAGGGAUAAAGCCAGCCCGCCUUCGACAUGCCCUCUCAAGAAAAGUCACUGGGAAACAAUUAAAGGAAUUGUGACAAUAGGAAAAGGACGACUUCUGAAAGGAUUUGAUCCUGUCUAUCCUAAGACCCUCUGCAUAGAUCCGAAGACAUUUUGUAAUGGGCUUCCUUUCCACAUUGUAUUUGAUGAAGAGCUUAGAGUGAAGCAAGCCGGAGUCAGCAUUCAAAAGAUCGUGCCAGGCCUUCAGACACUGGGCAUCCGCCUCAACCAAUACUUCAGUAUCGUACGUCCUGAAGUGAAAUUCACCAUCUCCAGUGUCCAGAAAUUUAUCAACAGCCAAUUUGUUUUCCGGACCAAGAGGGAGAUGAUGCCAGAAUCUUGGAAGCAGCGUCCUAUGUUAGAACUGAGAGGUCAGAUGAUUUGGAUGGAGCCUGUCCAGUGCAUGCUGUACCUUUGCUCCCCUCUCCUGCGCACGCUGCAUGAGCUGGAAGAGAGGCACAUGCACAUUGCCGACAUUGCCCCCCACGAUGUCACCAGGGAUUUGAUCCUUCUGAACCAGCAGCGGCUGGCUGAGAUGGAGCUGUCCAAUCAGCUCGAGAGGAAGAAAGAGGAGCUGCGGAUUCUGUCAAAGCACCUCGAGGAGGAGAAGAAAAAGACGGAAGCCCUUCUCUACGCCAUGCUCCCAAGGCAUGUGGCCAACCAGCUCAAAGAAGGGAAACGAGUCGAGGCAGGAGAGUUUAAAGAGUGCACCAUAUUAUUCAGCGAUGUUGUAACUUUCACCAACAUUUGUGCCCAAUGCGAACCUAUUCAGAUUGUCCUCCUGCUAAAUGUGAUGUAUCUGCGAUUUGACAGGCUGACCACAGUGCAUGAUGUCUACAAGGUGGAAACCAUAGGAGAUGCCUACAUGGUAGUAGGGGGUGUUCCUGUGCCUGUAUCCACACAUGCUGAACGGGUUGCCAACUUUGCGCUGGGAAUGAUCAUAGCUGCAAAAGACAUAAAGAAUCCAGUGUCUGGGAAUCCUAUUCAAAUCAGAGUUGGGAUCCACACAGGGCCUGUCCUUGCUGGAGUUGUUGGAGAAAAAAUGCCACGUUAUUGCUUGUUUGGAGACACAGUGAAUAUAGCAUCCCGGAUGGAGAGCCAUGGGGUACCAAGCAAAAUUCACCUGAGUGCCAGCGUUCAUCAGUGCCUAAAGGACAAGAAUUUUGAAAUGAUGGAUAGGGGAGAAAUUGAUGUAAAGGGCAAAGGGAAAAUGCACACUUACUUCCUGGUCCGGAAUACAAUGGCAACUGAGGAUGAGGUCAUGGGAAGACCACCGAGGGAUCCUGUUCCCAGCCAUGAAUCUGCUCAACUGUCUCUCGAGUGCAGCGCUGAAGCAUUCCAAAGCGCAUGUCCACAAGAUUCAGAUGAGACAUCACUUCCUAUCAUAGCAAUGAAAUAUGCAGAUAGCCCCACAGAAGCACACACCAGCGUCAAAGGAAGAAAUGAAUCAAGAGCAAAGGACUUAGCAGGCAAACCUCGUGAUUCAGAGACCAAUGUAAGUCUCCAUGGUGACCAGCAGUCAAGCAAAGAUCCUUAUCAUCUUACACAAGGCAGAAGCAAGCCAGCAGCAGCGGCGGCGCGGAUUAGGAACGUCCGAUCCAAUUUCUGCAAUUUGCUUUAAAAAGCUCCUGAGUUUUAAAGUCGAAGAGUACAAGUGUGUUCUGUAAUGUAAUGUUUUGCUGUUGCUCUCCUGGAGUCCUGACUUCGCAUACAGUAGUAGUACAUUAAGUGCACUGAUAUUGACAUAUUUUGAAAUCACUGGUAGCAAUAAUGAAGCAAACUCUGGGUAUUUCCCUGUUUGCAGUCUUGACUUGUUUUCCGUGUGUGAACAUGACACAUCUUGUUGUGUGAGAUUGAAGGGAGUUGUGCUCCAGUUGUCUGCGUAUUUUAAAGUCUUUGUCACCUUAUCCCCAAACUGUGUUUGACUUCCAAAAAAGAAAGAAAAAGAAAGUAGUAACAUAGGAGGAUAUAAUCGGUAUGGCAGUGCAUUUAAGCUCUACUAAGGGCUCAUCCAGACUUUGCUUUUGUGCUGUGUUUUCUAGGCACAGCUCUGCGCUUUAAAGCUCUGUGCUUGAGCGCCCCCGCCCCCAGCACUUUCCCCACAAAAACCCACUCUUUACCACUGAAUGAAAGCAAGCGGCAAAUUGCCACUUGUUCCGAUUCAGCACUAAAGUCUUUCUGCGGAAAGUGGUGGAGGAAAACUAAGAGCUCAGGCAUGGACCAGGAAUGGUCCUGUGCCUGGGAAAGCAUGGGGCAAAAGGUGAGUGUGGAUGACCCCUAAGACAAUGGUCAGUGGAAGCUGUUGCCCUUAGAAUUUAAAUUGCCCAAUAUCCCCUGCCUCUCUUGCUCUCUACACCCACAUACACAAACAGUAUGAUAUAGGGAUCUCUGUGUUUUCCUUUUAAGGAUGAAAGCAGCCCAGAGAAGGAUUUGCAGCUGGAAGGAAAGAGUUACAUAGCUCCUUUCCCCUCCCCUCAGUCCUGUAAAAGGUAAAGGUAAAAGGACCCCUGACCAUUAGGUCCAAUC